AUGUUUCAUUUUGAGCGUCGUUUCCUAACUUCGGGAUCCGUCAGAAAUUCGCCCGUUCGCGAAGACGCCGAAAAGGGCAUAAUUGUCGACACACCAGGAGUUCAGAUGGCCGACGCAUCCGCUAUCCUACUCAACCCCGACGAGGAAGACGACGAGGAUACUGUAACUCCAUACUACAAGAGAAAGCGCGCCUCGGUCAAUUACAACUUGGACGACUUGGGCUAUGGCAAGGUUCCUCAAGGCACGCCGACCAGUGAGCCUGCUGCAAAGAGGUCACGGGGGGGCAGUCCUAGAAUUCGUGGAGUCAUCAUCGGUGUCUGGCGUGAUUCCAGUGAGCCCAAUGAUGCAGAUAAACACGUGAUCUAUGGUUUCAUUGACAUUCACGACCGGCUACGUACUCGGAUCUACGGCAUGAACCGCAGGGGCGAUGAGCUCGUUGGUAAUAUCCCUACGGGCGCUGGAGGAUGCUGGGUCACGUUUCCACGAGUCAUCUUCGACGAACACCUAAUGGCACUCAAUCCCGCCGAGAUCAAGGAAUAUGUCAAGCUGCGAUCCGAAGCCAAGCCAGAAAACACCCCCGAAGAGCGACAUGAAGCUGAUCAGAAAGCCGUUCUCAAGGCAAAGCAAAUCGUUGCGGAUGACACGGCAUCUCCGGGCACUCGGCCCAUGGCGCAUCGCCAAUCUCUUGGGCGGGGCGGUCGGGGUGGCCAUCGCGAAUCGCUCCCUCGCGAGCCUCGCCAAACUCUCCACAAAGCGCCAAGUUUCCAAGCCGUCAAUGCUGCCAACAUACAAACUCCCAAAGCAUCGCCAUUCGCUGAAGGAACUCAAGGAACUCAAGGAACCCCAGGAACACCAGGAAAGCCGCUUGGUAUUCUUCUGGGCUAUUGGUCUGAAUCUGAUGAGCCUCGUCUAGAAGACAAGCACGCCGUCUUUGGUGUUCUCAGCGGUACCGACUGCUUUCGAGUCAAGGUCCAGAGGGUCACACGCGACGGUCGCUAUGUUGAUGGUAACUUCCCCAUUGGCGCCGGGGCUCUGUGGCUUCAUUACGACAAGGUUAUCUUUGAGCCCCACCUUGCUAGUUUGAGUCGCCCUGAAGUAAAGGAGUAUUGCCGCAUUCGUCAAAAGGAUCUCGAGAACAGAGAGUCUGAGAAGGAGCGCAAGGCCAAUGAAUUAAAGGCUGUCGAGCAAGCAAAGGCUAUCGUAGCCCAGGAAGGUCCCACCAACGGAGUUGAACAGCCUCGUGUACCACCACUUGAGAUGGAAACCCGCCAUAGCGCUAGGUCCGAGCUUAAGAUGGCUGCUAGACAACAGGUAGAGGCUGAUGCGACGGCGGAGAAAGCCAGAAAAGAGAAAGCUGAGGCCCUAGAAAGACAACACGAGAAGUCCAGAAAGGAAGUCGCCAUGGCAGAGGCUGUCAUUCAGGAGGCUGCACAACAAGAACUGAAGAACAACAUCAAAAAGCUCAACAAAGUCUGGGUUGCACAACAAGCCGCAACAUCGACGACCUCCCCGAGACCAGCAGUAGCUUCUGUAGCUACGGAAGAAGUCAAGUUUCACAACGGAAUCAAGUAUGAGCGCAAGCAGAAUGGUCCAUUCCAGGGAAAACUUGUUAGUUCUGCACAGAUCUUGAGUAUUGAUGGCGAGGAUUACGUUGAGUACAGAGUUUUGACGAAGCCUGUCUUCUAA